GUAGACUUCAAUUGGAUAAUUAUUACUGAAUUUGUAUUUUAUAUCAAGUUUGUUUAUAUAUUUUUGCUCGCGAUUUGUUCCUUUGCCCGCUUGGGAGCCAAGAUUUUAAUCUAAAAUAUAAAAAUGUAACCACAUGAAGAAGACACGGGGCGAGGCGAGAAGAUCUUGAUCGAAAGUUCCACUGUUCUGAAUAGUGAGAAAGAAUGAAAUUCGAUCAAAUCGAUCGAGAAUCUCAUCAUCUGUUAGGUGGGCCAACUGACUGAGUUGGCCUGGGCGUCCAUGUCAUCAAAAGCUACUAUGUAUAGUACAUCAAAAGUAAAUUUAAACUUGUAUAUACACCCUAACUCCACCAGCGCCUAGAAUGUAUUAGUAUUUUUUGCUCUGUAUUACAUCAACGCCGUUAGCAGAUGGAACGGCCACCAAGUAAUGGAGGUCCUUCUUUCCGUUUUUAAUACCAUUUUUUAUUCUCUAUAUACGUGGUCCAUGGACUUCAAUUGGAUAAUUAUUACUGCUUUUUGUGUUUUAUGUGCAGUUUAUUCUUACCGUUUGGUAUUUAGCUUUUACUGUCUUUAAUUAUGCACUUUGUACUUGCAGAGACUUGCGAUUCCGAUAUUAGUGUUUUCUCUUUUAUGUCUACUGGCUAUAGGAUAGUUCUGUAAGGCUUUUAAAUGAUGAUUACAUUUGACGGUCUAGCCUGAACUUGUAGUCGUUUGGCCAUGAAAACCAAAGACUUUUCACUUAUUUGGAAUUUUGAAGUUGGAGUUGUGUUUGGUUAUAGUUUGUACAAAAAAUAUUUGGUUGUUUGAAUGUACUGAAAGUGGAAAAAGUGAAGACAAGGUUUUUGGUGUUUUCCAAAUUCCAAAUACAACUUCAAGUUGGAUUUGGAAUUUUCAUGGCUAAACGCUGAUUUUCAAAUAAAGUGAAAAAGUUAUCUGGAAAAAAGUGGAAAAUUCUCAUGGCCAAAUGGGUCCGUAUGUAUAUGAUGUCAUAUAAUGAGCUUCUCUUUGUUAAACUUAGACAUGAUGAGAGCUAAAAUACCUUUGGAUAAAGAUGAAACUUAGUCUGUUAAAUUAGUCAAACUCCUGGUAGACUCUUGAAUUUCGUAAAAUUAUUGAAGAUAGAUAGUUAAGAUAGGAGUUCUAUAUAGGUAAAAUUUAAGUAGAAACGAUAAGAACGGAGUAGAAUCCAAUAGUGGAGUGGGUCAAUAAGAUCAUCUCCAGAGUGAGAUAGAUCAGAUUUGAAAUGGUUUGAACUGUUAUUGAAUCAUACAUGUGCAUUAUAGUUCCAUUUUAGCGUGAAAGAUAUUUAGAAAUUGUAUUCAUAUGUAGUAUUAGUUGACCUUAAAAGUUGAUCAAACUAAUGGAAGAGCUACCGAGAAAAGUGGGUGGAGAGCAAUGGACCACUAGCACACUAUGAUCUUUUUGGAUAGAAGUGUAAUCCCACAAGUGGGGUUUGGGGAGGGUGGUGUGUACGCUGCCUUACCCCUACCUUGUGAAGGUAGAGAGGCUGUUUCCGAUAGAUCCUCAGCUCAAGUAAAGCAUAUCAAAAUCAGUAGGAAAGGAAAUACAAUAGAAGUACUUGAAUGAGGGCAAGAUAUCUUUUUAUUAAAAAACUAGGGAACAUAAGUUAACCCAAUAAAUAAAUGAAUAAGUAUGAAACACUAUGCUGAAAAUGCCUCUAUAUGUUGCAAGUCUGGUAGUGCCACCUGCAUAUGCCACUACCAUUGUUCUUUCCACCCUUCCCCAGGUCAGUGUAUGGGAGACAUCAGGGGUAAGGAAGUUGAUAGUGGUGCUUGACUAGGGGCUCCACACUUGUCCUUUAUCCUCUUUUGCUUUCUUUUUCUCCAAUUUCCCUCAUUCUUCAGUUUUAGUCUUCAAAGAACCAGUAAAUUGAAAGAAAUUGGGAACACAAGUUAUUUGAGUAAUGGAGUAUAAGGAUAGGGGUUCAUUUUUUUGUUUUGAUGAAGUUAUAAGGAUAGGGGUUCAUCUGAGUCUGGUCAUAUGAUGCUGAACUUCUUAUUUUGAAACUGAAGAUAAUUAAUUUAAUAUCCGGCCCGGUCCAAGUCCCAGUCCAAGUAUUUAAUACGUGUUUCUAUAUAUAAACCGUUAGGGCUUUGUACAGAGUCACGAGAAAAAGAGCAAUGUCUCUGACAUAGAUGCGUAAUAAGCUUUUUUACUGAAGAGGGAAGAAAUUAAAUCGUUAACUUAAAUUCUAGCACGUGCAUCAUUCAAUCUAAGUAUCUAGGAUUUAUUUUGAAAUUAUUGCAGUUAAAUCAUUAGAACAUGCAGAAGAUGUAGAGGAAGAUACGGGGGUUGUGUUUCCAUUAGGUGUUAGGAAGUGUUUCCCUAAGCCGUGGCUUUCGAUGUUCUCUCUUGUUUCUUAACUAAAGUAAAGAUGCUAAGGUGUGCAGAGCGAUCAAAUUAAACUAAGCUCCUUUAUUACUAGCAAAUAUGAGUAAGUUUUGUUCAUUAAAUUCCAAAGAAUCUGCUUAUAAACAAAAGAUGAUUGCUGGACGGAGCAAUCAAAGUAAAAAAAGCUAACCUACCCAAUUCUACUUUAGAAUAUCCAGUGCUCUACUUUCAUUUUUCAUUUCAUCCACCGCCCCUAUUUCUUUCCUUUCCCUCUCACCCAUAAAACCCUAGCGCCGAUUUUCCCGUUCUUAUCUGGUUUCCUAUUUCUCCGGUAAAACCAGGAUUUUCUUUUCCAUUCCCGAACCCCCCUCUCUCCUUUCUCUCAAUUUGGUAAAUUUGGACCAAGACAAAGCCCUUUCUAGGAGAUGUGUCACCCGCUUAGCUCAUAGUGGCCAUAUCUGGCCACCAACAACUAUUUGGAGUGCCGAUGGCAAUGAUGGGUGUUCAAAUACUCGAGUUGCUGAGAUGGAAGCUAUAUUGCAAGCUCAUAAUAUUCAAAUGCCGGCUCGAGAAAUUCUUGUAGAUCUUGCUGAGAAGUUCAGUUCUUCAGCGGAGAGAUCUGGCAAAUUUGUGGUUCAAAUGAAACAAGUUUGGAACUGGUUCCAGAAUAGACGAUACGCCAUUAGAGCAAAAUCAGCUAAGAGUCCUGGAAGAUUUAUUGCCCCACCAGCGCCUCACAGUGAUUCAGCUGCAGUAAAGGCUCCUGCAAAAUUGAGUACCUCACCUAUGCCUCAGAGUGAUCCAGCUUCAGUUAGGAUUAUGCCCCAAGCCCCUCAACCCAUACCUUCUCCUCAAGCUACAGUGAGAGCAAUGCCCCAAGCACCCCAACCUCUGCCUGCUCCAUCAGUGCCAGUGCAAAGUGUGGGCAGGAGUACCUCAGAUAACGUUCAAAUGGAGUUUGAAGCUAAAUCUGCAAGAGAUGGUGCAUGGUAUGAUGUAGCAAGCUUCCUGUCGCAUAGAUCUGUGGAGACUGGUGAUCCGGAAGUAAUGGUUCGAUUUGCGGGGUUUGGAGAAGAGGAGGAUGAAUGGGUAAAUGUACGUAAGCACGUAAGACAGCGAUCUCUCCCAUGUGAAUCGUCAGAAUGUGUUGCGGUUGUCCCUGGCGAUCUGAUACUUUGCUUCCAGGAAGGCAAAGAGCAGGCUCUGUACUUUGAUGCGCAUGUCCUUGAUGCUCAAAGACGUAGACAUGAUGUGAGAGGUUGCCGUUGUCGGUUUCUGGUUCGUUACGAUCAUGAUCAGUCUGAGGAAAUUGUUCCUCUGCGGAAGGUUUGUCGUCGGCCUGAAACUGAUUACAGGCUGCAACAACUUAAUGCGGAAUCUAUGAGGCAACAGAAAAUAGGUAAUGACCCUACAACAGCCAACACUAUGACGGUCUACCCUCCAGCUGAUGCACCACAGAAAGCUCAAACUGAAUCAAGGAUAAGACCAGCUGUGCCAACACAAAAUCAGCCUGCACCGGAGGACCCCACCAAGCUAGGACCCAGUGUUGCUCCUAUGCAGCUGCAAAAAGCGAGUACUGAUUCGUUAACAGGAGAUACUUCAGCUGAAAAAACACCUAAGCUUAUGGAAGAAAUGACGGAUAAGCCUGUAGCUGAAACAGCUGAGGUGCCUCAGGAACGAAAAAGUGAGAUGCCUCCGGCAGAAAUAACAAACAAAGCACCAGCUGAAACAGCAGAGAAGUCUCAUGAUGAAACAACUCUUAAGCCUCCAGCUGAUUCAACAUCGAAGCCAGAUGAAGCACCAGAGAGGCCUCCUGCUGAAACAACAUUGAAGUCUGAUGAAGCACCAGAGGGGCCCACAGCUGAAACAACAUCGAAGCCAGAUGAAGCAACAGAGGAGCCACCUGCUGAAGCAACUCUUAAGCCUUUGACUGCUUCAACAUUGAAUCCAGAUGAAGCACUGGAGCAGCCUUCUGCUGAAACAACUCUUGAGCUUCCGGCUGCUUCAACUUUGAAGCCUGAGGAAGCACCCGAGGAGCUUCCCGCUGAAACAACUCUUAGGCCUUUGACUGCUUCAACGUCGAACCCAGAUGUUGCACCAGAGGAGCCUCCUGCUGAAACAACUCUUGAACAUCCAGCUGAUUCAACAUCAAAGCCAACUGAAGAACCAGAGGAACAGCCUAAGGCCGAGGAGCAUGUUGAUGGUGGACCCAUCACAGCUUCCAUUGAUCAUGACAAUGCUACAACUGUAUAAGCAAAAUCUUUGUGGCAAAAAGUUAUGAACAUUGUCAGUGUAGCUAACGUUACUAAGUUAGGAUUCCUAGGGAAAGACAAGCCCAGAGUUAGAGGAUGCUGGAUAAAAACUUAUUUCUUGCAAGUUCCUGCUUCCCUUGUGUAGUUCAAAGCACAAAUUGUGCGAGGGACUUUACUAGUGGCUCCAAUAGAUCAAUGAUAGUCUUGUAAAAUAUUUGGAUGUUGGCCUUCAAUUUGAACUCUUGAACUGUUUUCGUCA